CUCAUCAAGUGAGAGCAAGUGUUCCAUUUCGUGUAGCUCCCUAACAUCUUCCAAACCCACUAUUUAGAGAGAGAGAAAGAAACUCAUCUUCUUCAAUUCACAAACAUGAAGAGAUGCGAGCUUUGUAAAUCAACGGCCAGGAUCUACUGCGAGUCCGACAGGGCAAGCUUAUGUUGGACCUGCGACUCAAAGGUUCAUUCAGCCAACUUUCUUGUGACAAGACAUUCAAGGAGCCUUCUUUGUCGGGUGUGUCAGUCUGUGACGCCGUGGACUGCGUCGGGUGAGAAGCUUUGUCGGUCGACCGCUUCGGUUUGCGGUCGAUGUGAUGUGGAAGAUGUUUCUCAUGGUAUGGUAGAGGGUGUUGGAGGUAAUAAUGGUGAAAUUGGUAUUGGUAAUGCUUGUGGUGAUGAGAUUGAUGUGAAGGGCUCGGUCGACCGGGUUGUUGCCCGGUCGUCUGGGCCGCUUCCACCCGCCGCGAGUUCGUCCAGCAGCGAUGAGGGUUUGGUUGGCUACCGCGGCGGUUUAAGGAAGCGGAAGAACGUUGUAGAUGUAACUCAUGAGGAGGAUAUCGAUUCUUCAUCGGUGAACAUAAACCACCACCCGCAAUCGUCAACGAUGUCGAGCUCGGUAGGAACCAUCGGAGAUGAGAAGAAAAUCCGAGACCGGAAUAUAAAAUCCGGGGAGUACGUAGAUGCACCAAUCCUUCGGAGGGGUAAAUCAAGGAGGAUGCUUGAAUUUGACUUAAACCUAUAGGCUAUAAAUUUGUCUGGAUUAUCAAUUAUAUUAAGAUCGAUUCUUUUCUUUUUGUACAUUUAAUUUUAAUUUCAAGGGAUUGGAGAAUGUAGUAUUAUUCAUCAGAUAAUAACAUAUGGUUUAUGUUGCAUUUAA